AUGGAAGCUCGUCUAAUAGUAUCUCAAGACGUGGAGAAAGGAAAAGGUAGACUCUUUGACUUUGAGAUGGCAGUACAAGUCAAGGAUUAUGGAGGUGAAAACAAACUGAUGGGAGGUGCGAUAGCUCAAGGGAUGUCGGAUGGGAAUGAUUUUGGGAGUGAUGAUCUAAGGGCUAAACUGGAUUCCCUAAAAACUUUAAGAGGGACAAAGAGAUCUACUGUUGGCUUUACGGAAUAUGGUGCUGGUCUCGAUGAGGCUGGUCCAUCCGGGGUCACGGUUGGUAAACGAAAGGCAAGGAAGCGUAAAGUUAAAAGGUUGAGGCAGAGUAACCAGAAGAAAGAGCUAAGCUUAGCUACGACAACAGAGUUCAAGAAGAAUGGCAAAGGCCUGGGGCAGCCUCAAGACUUGGCAAUUCCGCGCCUCAAGGAGCUGCGGAAAAAGCAUUUCCCGGAGGUGAUGUUCUUGAUGGAAACGAUGAAUUGUAGAAACGUUUUGGUUGACUUGCAAGAGUGGUUGGGGUAUGAUAGAGUACAUACGGUGGAGCCGGUUGGUAAGUGUGGAGGACUUGCUCUGUUCUGUAAAAAGGGUGUAGAUAUUGAGUUGCUGAUUGUGAAUAAGAAUCUGAUGGAUCUGCGUGUACAGUUAGUGGGUUGUCCUUCUUUGUUUCCUGUGUAUAUGGCGAUCCUGACAGAAGUAAAAGAGAGGCUGUAUGGGACCAGCUAA